AAUAAUUAUGUUUUUAAUGCAGUGACUUAUUUAUUUUGCUGUUUGUGGACAUUGAACUACCUAAUUUAACACUAUAAAUAUAAUCCUAUUUAACUGGUUGAGAAUAAUUUGCUUAUAUCUCUUUGUAAACUAUUAGAGAUUAAUUAUUAUUACUAAAACGUCUUGGAAGUUUUUUCGACAUCAUCUAUCAAGAUAAUUCAUAUAGUUCAUGAACUGCUACUUUAGCCGAAAAAAUGACAAAACAUCUAAAAGGACCUAACAUACUAUACUACUACUACGCACUUUUCUAUAUCGUCUUGGCUGCUAUUAAUGUUCCCAAAAUAAUUUUGAUAAUUUGAUCUUAUUUUCAAACUUAGCAUUCGAUUAACCAUCGAUUACGUGACGUCAUCGAUAUAUGAAAAUCUCAGUCUGUAACGAGCUGGUUCGCAAGAAAAUGUGUAUACAUUAACUUCAAUUAUUGACAUUUAUGUAUGACGUUAUUUAAUCUACAUCAAGAGCAAAGUAAUAUUUUUCUGUUAUUGAUAUUAAAUAACUAAAGUAGAUAAUUUCGAAUGUAUUGUAUAAGACAAACAAUUCUAUUUGUGAAAAAGUUUAGUAGUAAAAAAUUUAAGCCGACAGUAUUUUUAUAUAGUACAGCAGAGCUUCUUAAAGAAACAAAGCUUAAAAUGAAUAAAUCUCCGCUUGUUUUGAAACGUUAUGACAACAUCACAAAAUCAGAUGAAGACCAAAGGCUUUAUCGAGGAUUGGAGCUUUCCAAUCACAUGAAAAUACUUCUUGUUAGCGAUCCAAAAACUGACAAGUCAUCUGCUGCCAUGGACGUUAAUGUGGGUUUUCUAAGUGAUCCAAAAGAGGUAUAUGGUUUAGCUCAUUUUUGUGAACACAUGUUGUUUCUAGGUACUAAAAAAUAUCCAAAUGAAAACGAUUAUAGUAAAUUUUUAAGUGAACAUGGAGGAAGUUCAAACGCUGCGACGUAUCUAGAUCAUACUCUUUAUUAUUUUGAUGUAAUUCCAGAUAAACUAUCUCAAGCUCUAGACAGAUUUUCCCAAUUUUUUAUUGCUCCACUUUUCACGGAAAGUGCCACUGAAAGAGAGAUAAAUGCUGUGAAUUCUGAGCAUGAGAAAAAUAUUCCCAAUGAUCUCUGGAGAUUGGAUCAGUUGAAUAAGCAUUUGGCCAACCCUGAUCAUCCCUUCAAUACGUUCGGAACAGGUAAUAAAGAUACUUUACUGAGAAUACCAAAAGAAAACAACAUUGAUGUAAGAGAGAAGUUGCUAGAGUUUCAUGAAAAGUGGUAUUCAUCAAAUAUCAUGAGUUUAGCUGUAUUAGGCAAAGAAAGUUUAGAUGAAUUGGAAGAGAUGGUAGUAGAACUAUUUUCUGGCGUAAGUAAUCACAAUGUAAAAUCUCCAGAAUGGAAAACUCAUCCUUUCACCGACGAUCAAUUCCAAACUAUAGUAUAUGUUUCACCAGUAAAAGACGUUCGAAAUUUGAAUAUCAUCUUUCCCACUGAAGAUUUUACUGAACAUUACAAAUCAUCGCCUAGUCAUUAUAUAAGUCAUUUAAUGGGACACGAAGGUCCGGGAAGUAUUUUAUCAGUACUAAAAGCUCGUGGAUGGUCUAACAGUUUAGUAGCAGGAAACAAACCUGCUCCACGAGGUAUAGGAUUCUUUGCGGUGGCAGUGGAUUUAACUGAAGAAGGUAUUAAUCAUGUCGAUGAGAUUGUUGAAUUAGUUUUCCAGUAUUUGAAUAUGUUGAAAAGAGAAGGUCCACAAAAAUGGGUGCAAGAUGAAAAUCGAGACAUAGCUCAGAUGAUAUUCAGAUUUAAAGAUAAAGAAUCGCCUAGAGGUUAUAUUUCUUCUUUAGUACAUAGUUUACAGGAAUAUCCAAUGGAAGAUGUUUUAUAUGCAAAUUACAUGUUGAACGAAUGGCGUCCGGAUCUAGUGGAAGAUACAUGGAAAAAUUUCGUUCCGGAGAAAGUUAGGAUAUCUGUUAUAGCUAAGAAGUUUGAAAAAGAUUUAGAUGAAAAAGAACCCUGGUAUGGAACUAAAUAUCGUAAAGAAAAAAUUCCCGAUGCAACAAUACAGAGAUGGAAAGAAGCAGGAUUAUGUCCGGAUUUGAAAAUGCCGGAAAAGAACGAAUUCAUUCCCAACGAUUUUAGUUUGUAUCCUAUCGAUGAAGAUGUAACCGAAUUUCCAGUAAUAGUAGAAGACACCGCCUUGACACGAGUGUGGUUCAAACAGGAUGAUCAAUUUUUACUUCCCAAAGCGAAUCUCAUGUGCGAUUUUGUCAGUCCUCUGGCUUACUUAGAUCCGCUCAAUUGUAAUUUGACGCACAUGUUGGUACAAUUGUUCAAAGACGCCUUGAAUGAAUAUGCGUACGCUGCCGAACUUGCUGGACUGAAGUGGGAAUUGAUUAACACGAAAUACGGGUUAAUUUUGGGCAUUGGCGGUUACAACAACAAACAACAUAUAUUUUUGCAAAAAAUCAUGGAAAAAUUGACAAACUUCAAAAUAGAUCCUAAAAGAUUCAACAUAAUUAAAGAAACCUAUGUAAGAAAUUUGAAAAAUUUCGCGGCGGAGCAACCUUACCAACACGCUGUAUAUUACUUGACUGUUUUAUUGACGGAACAUUCGUGGACUAAACAAGAACUUCUUGCAGCUGUUGACCAAAUGACGAUUGAAAGAUUGGAAGCAUUCAUCCCUCAAAUACUAUCCAAGAUGCACAUCGAAUGCCUAAUCCACGGUAACGCUAAUAAAGAAAAGGCACUUGAACUUGUUCGAAUAAUCGAAGACAGUUUAACAUCAUCAAUGAAUAUGUCUCCCUUACUUCCUAGGCAGUUACUACUCAACAGAGAAUUAAAAUUAGAAGACGGUUGUCAAUAUUCCUACGAAGUUAAAAACGACGUCCACAAAUCUUCCUGCGUCGAGUUAUAUUAUCAAUGCGGAUUGCAAUCCAAAGAAAAUAAUAUGAAACUCGAAUUGGUUGCUCAGAUUCUUCAAGAACCUUGUUUCAAUAUUUUGCGGACUAAGGAACAAUUAGGUUACAUAGUAUUCAGCGGAGUAAGAAGAUCUAACGGUGUACAAGGAUUAAGAAUAAUUGUACAAUCUGAUAGACAUCCAAAUUACUUAGAUUCGAGGAUAGAAGCAUUUUUAGACAGCAUGCUGACUCAGAUCAUCGAAAUGUCCGAAGAAGAUUUUGUGAAGCAUCGCGAAGCUUGGGCUGCUCAAAGAUUAGAAAAACCCAAACAAUUGAAUGCUUUAACGAAUCGUUUUUGGUCGGAAAUAACGACACAGCAAUACCAUUUUGAUAGGGCGAACGUUGAGGUCGCAUAUUUAAGAUCUAUCACCAAAAAUGACAUAAUCGAAUUUUAUAAGGAAAUGCUCAGUAGCAACGCCGAAAAACGUAAAAAACUAUCAGUUCAAGUUGUGUCCGUAGCAGAAGGAGGUGCUGGCUUAAACUCAACCGAAAAUUCACACGGAACGUGUAAAAGUUCUGUCAUAAAUGACGUAACCGUGUUCAAGAGUAGCCACGAAAUGUAUCCUUUGGUACAACCGUAUAUAAAUAUUACAAGAAAAGGCAACAAAUGUAAACUGUGAUGUCAAACUUAGUUUAUCUUUUUUUAUACCAUCAACAUAUUUAUUUAAUUUGAAUAUUAGUAUUGUUUUUUUUUAUUGAACACAUUGUAUAUUCUCAUUAUUGCAAUUAAAUUAUUACUAUUUCUGGUCCAUCAAGCCGUAUAUGAAGGCUCGAAGAACCAGAUAAUGUGGUUUUAAGCGUUGGUGAAAUGUUAGAGGGGUAGCGACGGUACAUAACUCAUUUUUGGCAUUCCUUUUCUCCAUUGUUUUUGACAUUCUGAAAUCUUCUCUACGUUGAAUAUGGAUUCUUCGAACUUUGAUAAAACUAAUUGAUUUUGUAAGAUGUCGCAUCAGAUUUUCAAUUCUUCACACACUUUUACGCCUCCUGAAUCCUGAUGACUCCUUUCGCAUCUUUUUAAUCUUUCUUGAUAAGUAAUAUGUCAGUGUUCAUGUUUCCUCAUCGUAUGAGACUACUGAGCGAAUAGAUCUGCAUCUUUGUGGUGUGAUUUAAAAAUUUGGUUAGGUUAGUAAGCUCAGAUAUACAUACUAUGGCUUGAAUCGCUACUUGUUGGAUUUUUAUUAACAUUAUAUGAGAACUUGCAGUUAAAUAAUUACACUUCCUGGUCCAUCGAGCCGGAUAUGAAUGCUCAAGGGACCAGAUACUGCGAUUUGAAGCGUUAGUGUAAUGUUAGAGAAACAGUGAUGGUACAUAUUGUACAUGUUUUAACUUAUUAAUCACUUUACCAUGCAGCACUAUACCCCCUACGUUGGUUUUGAUCUCCUCAAUAAUGGACCUCCAUAGCAUUCUGACCUUUGAACACCAUUCUGUAAUUCAGUUAGUAGGGCUUGUAUCGCUACUUGAUUGAUGUUUAUUAACAUCAUAUCAGAACUUACAGUUAAAUAAUUACACUUCCUGGCCGGAUAGGAAGGCUCGAAGGACCAGAUAAUGUUAUAAAACAAUGUGUUCAGUAAAAAUAAUACCCAGUGUGUUAUAGCAAUUUUUAUAUGCAUUGUUUAUUUCAUAAUUUUUUUUAUUUUUGUUCAAUAAGCAAACAGAAUUUGUAUGUGAAACGAUAAGGUGGUGGUGAGGGUGCAUAUUUAUAUUUUAACUUAUUACCUGUUAUAAUAAUUUAGAGGAAAUGUUUGAAUUGUAUGUUAGUGUAUUGAACUGUUGUAAAAUUCAUUUAAGACUAUUUGUAAAUAAAAAAUUGUGUUGAUGUUCGUGUAAAUAAAAACUGAAUUCAAAUAUAUAAUCAAAAACU